UUCUCUCUCCUCCCCAAGCCUAUUUUCUUCAAUUAGUUCCGAGGUCAAAAACCUGGCCAGGAGAAACUAUAAGAAAACGUAAUCGAAGCUUUCUGUGUUCUCCGUCUUCCUCGAUCCGCCUCUGCUUUCUAUUCUUUAUUUGAUCUCUCCUCUUCAGCAAUUCUAUCCCGCUGAAGUUGUCUUACCUAUUCCUGUUCUCUCUCUCUCUCUCUCUCUUUCUCUGUGGCGCGCGCGUGAUAGGAGAACAGAAUAUAUGCUGCCUUCGGGGAUCUUGAUUUCUGCGCUCUUCCCUCUCUUUGUUGUUUGUUCAAUCACGGGAAGUAAUUCAGUGAAUGUUGUUACACUUGGUUCAAUUGAAAUUUUCAAUGCUCAUGAAUGGCUCCAUUCAAAACCAACUGUUUAUUUUCGUUGUCAAGGAGAAGAGAACAAAACAGUCUUGCCAGAUGUAAAGAAAACACAUGUUCUAUAUAUUUUUAAGGGCGAAGAGUCAUGGCAGCCACUAACAGAGCUUCCCGACCAAAAAUGCAAGCGAUGUGGUUUUUAUGAAAAGGACAAAUUUAAAUCCGACGAUGUGUUUGAUGAAUGGGAGCUCUGUCCAGCAGAUUUUGUUGAAGGAAAAUAUAUACGCUUUAAGGAAAAUGAGUUCAAUGCAACAUUUGUCUGCCCUCAAUGCACUGCUGUUGCUGAUUCUGAUAAUGGGCAAAGCCAGAGUACUUCAACAAAGCACAAUAAACGAAAUGUAGCUCUCAUAGUUAUCAUCUGUCUAUUGGCAUCUCUAAUUGUCAUAGUUGGAAUGGUGGCUGCUCAGAAGUAUUGGCAGAAGAGAAAAAGAGAACAAGAUCAGGCACGAUUUCUACAGCUUUUUGAAGAGGGUGAUGAUAUUGAAGAUGAACUUAGUCUUGAGCCUGAGUUUUAACUUUAUAAUCAUUUGUAUAUAGAAAUGGCUCACAUUAGUCUUCCCUUUCCAUAGUCUCUGUACAGUAAUGUCUGAUGAAAUUCUUGUUUCUGGCUGUAUUGAGUUCAAAAUUUUGUUUUGUGGAAGAAUCAUAGGCAGUGAAAGUAUCAGUAAAAAAAAAAGCUUCUAUCUGUCA